AGUUUGAGAGAAUACGUGUUUUGGUAAGGACGCUACGAUGGAUUUUAAUUUAAAAAUUGGUGAUUUAGUAUGGGCGAAAAUGGGUUCUUUUUCGUAUUGGCCAGCUCGUAUUGUCCAACCCGGCCCCGAUACUCCGACUAAACCCGGAACGAGGGAAUGCCAAUGGGUGUAUUUCUUCGGCAGUAAGAAUUACGCCUGGAUAGUCAACAAUAAGAUCGAGCCUUACGUAGAGUGUAAAGAGAAGUUCUCCAAAGUGAACAAGACCUCGCUAUUUAAGAAAGCAAUAAGUGAUAUCGAGGAUUUCAUUCGAAAUCAAGCUGAAGAUCCAAACUACUCUCUCCAACAUGAUGUUAGUAUCGAAGAGGAAGAUGCUGAGAAGAGUUCUGAGAAAGGUUCCGAGAAAAAUUCUAAUAAGCAGACUCCGAAAAAAACCAAAAAGGCCGCUCCGGUGAAACGGCAAAACUCCGACGCCGGCUCGGUCAGAAACUCAUCGUCUCGCGCCACGAAAAAACCGCGAACAUCGUCGGGCUUCGAAGAGAACGGCUUCUCCGAUUCGACCGGCCAAUCCGUCGGCAAGGCGUCCAGCUUCGGCAUCAGCCUGGAGAUUUUGAACCGGCCAUCGAUCAUCGACGAACCCGAAGUCUCGUCGGUGAAUUUGAACUCCAAUUUGGAAUUGUUGAAUACGAAGAAUAUCACGGCGUCGAGGAAGAGGUUCGGGUUCAUCGGAUUGGGCACGAUCGGCAGCGGCAUCGUCAAGAACCUGAUCAAUUCCGGGCACAAGGUCAAUCUGUUCAACAGGACUUCGGAGAAGUGCGACGACUUGAAGAAACAGGCGGAAAAUGACAUCAACAAAGCCGGCCUCGUCAACACGUACAUAACUCCUUGCGAUGUCAUGCAAAAUUCCGAUAUCACUUUUAAUUGUGUCUCGGAUUCCAACAAUGCUAAAGCGGUGGUGAUCGGCAACUGCGGCAUCACCAAGGCCGGCGACCUGCUGGACUCCGAAGGCUACAGCAAAGGCUACGUGGAGAUGACCAGCAUCGAUCCGCAAACGUCGAAGGACAUGUGCGAGAUCAUCAAGAGCAAAGGCGGCCGCUACCUGGAGGUGCAGGUGCAGGGCUCGAAGAGCGAGGCCGAAGAGGGCAGCCUGGUGGUGUUGGCCGCCGGCGACGAAUCGCUCUUCUUCGACUGCCAAUCGUGCUUCAAGGCCAUGGGGAAGAUGGCCUUCUUCUUGGGCGAGGUCGGCUACGCCACCAAAACUAACAUCAUCCUGCAACUAAUGAAAGGUAUAGCCUUGGCUGGUUUGGCCGAAGGUUUCGCGCUGGCCGAUCGUUGCGGCAUCUCCUCCAAAGACGUCCUGAGCAUAUUCAAUUUGACCAAUCUGGCGUGCGGCUAUCUGAGCCACAAGGCCGAUCUGAUCGUGAAGCAGGACUUCAAGCACGCCGAGGAAUCGACCAAGCACAUGCAGAAGAAGCUGCAGCUCGCUCUGGACCUGUCCGAUCAGCUGAAGCAGCCGCUGUUGAUGACGUCGACGGCGAACGAGGUGUACAAGCACAUCAGACGGAUGGGUUACGACGAUCACGACGCGUCCUCGGUGUACAUGAGGGUGAGACACUAGUAGCGUUUUUACGAAGGUCUCUCGAAUUAUAAGUAUAUUUUUCGUAAUUAUUAUUUUUUUUUUGUUAACGUGCAAAUUCAUAAUUGUGGUUUUUAUGGAAGUUAAUUCGAGGUAAAUGCGCUAGGUGAGUAGUUUUUUUUAUCAAAUAAUUGGAGUAUGUAUUUUAUUUACUUCACGAAAAUUUGGUGUUAGUUUUUUUUUUGACCAAAGAAUGUAUCCUUUUUGGUGUUUUCUACGUAGGUAUUUUAUAUAUUAUAACGAAAUUAGAACAUGAAACAAUUAAUUAAUUAAUGUAACUGCGAUUUGUUAUUUUUCUCAGAAAUUAAUUGACUCGAUACUCGUUAAAUACUGAGUAUGUAUUUAUUUUUUCAAACAAUAUUAUAUCGGCGUUGAGUUUCUUUUUUAUAAAUUAUUUAAAGCGAGAAAUUUAAUGGCUGGUGCAUUUAUUCCGUGACAAUUGUAGUGGACAUUGAUUGUUUUUGCCUUAACCUUCCAUAAAAAUUCGCUAGUAUCGAUAAGAGUAAUUUUAUAAAUAUGUCUAUGUUAAGAUAAAAAAGUUUUUAUAACUAAAUAACACUGUUUUUUCUUUAGUCUUAGAUUUUUUUUUUCAUACAAUUUGUGGAUAGCGACAAAAAAAGAGUAAGAGUUGUUUAGUGCCUGUAUAAAUUCGAUUAUACACAUACAUACAUAGGUUAAUUGUAUCUGGAUUACAUGUAUUUUAGUAUUUUUUUUUAUUCCAUUUUAUUUCAGCUAAAAGAUAUCAUAAUGUAACGUGAUCUAUUGAAAUAAAGUAUAAUUUUAUUGA